AUUAGAUCUUAAGUUAAGAAAUGUAGGGGAAGUUUUAUAUAAUUUUUAACCUCGAAGACUCUUUUGUUUUGAUGUUUUGCUACAUCGACUGGCAGUGUUUAUUUGAUCGGACUAUCGACCACGAUGUGUAAAUCUGCAGACAGUGCAGGGUGUAGUUGAAUGCAGGACCUAAACUGUGGAGCGGAUCAAAAGAAAUGUGAUGACAUAGCUUUCCCUAAGCCUUUAGAGGAAUUGGAUAAUUACAACUGAAGAUGGAAUCAGACAACACUGAUUCCUUACAAAGUAGUGGCUCUGAAGAGGGACAAAGCGAGGGAAACCGGACUACAGAUAAGAAAUAUUUAGCGAAAAGACCAGGCGACUUCAAGACCAUAUAUAGCAAGACACGACAACCGGCUUUAACACAGCUCAACAAAGAGAAACAACACAAAGAGAAAUGUGAUUAUAUUUCCUGUGAAAAGAAAGAGAGCAGCACACAAACAUUAGGGACUAAAGCCGUCUAUCAGAAAAUGAGCCCAGACUCAGCAAAGAAAAGAAAUAUGGAAGAAAGUUCAGAUGACAAGGAGAAUUCUGGCGGGGCAAAAAGUUGCAGAAGGAAGUUUGACUAUACUCAAGCAGUGUACAAGAAGGGUGCAACACUGUUUUCAAUUUUAGAAUUAGACUGUACUGACUCAACAGAGCCACCGUCUCCAAAGCCUGAACCAUUAACAUUAAAUAAAAACUUUAGCCAACUUGUGCCCUUCUCCAGAAAAAAGUCAACUUUUCACCAGUUUGAACAGACUAUGUAUUACUCGUGUACUCCGGAACAGUUGUCUCUACACAAAUUAAGAUGCUCAAUCUAUUCCAGUCUCGGCGCCAGCUGGAGUAUAGUCAACCCGGAAGAGUGCAAACGUGUUUGUUUUCAAUGCUUUAAUAAACAAAAGGUGGAAUCAAUGUUCGAACUUACUCCUGGAGAUCACAUCUCCAUCCAUCGGUCAGUCGGAUACGAACAUCACGCCAUUGUUGUCGAUGUAUCACCCGAUAAAGAUGACCCCACUUCCGGUUUUCUGAGAGUUAUUCACCGCAGUGCAAAUGCUGGCGAAGUCGCCAGGGGGAUACUACUGUGUAUGAUCACUGUAGGACAGUACGGUAAUUUAGCUUAUCUGCGGGAGGAAGACGUGAAAUUCGAUCUGAAGAAACAGGAUGUGUAUAUUAUUCAGUACAAAAAUAAACCUUUUACUCGUUCCAAAAUCAUCCGCCGAGCAAGGGCUGAGGUAGAGAAUGACGAAACAUUAUACAGUAUAUCUUCUGAUAACUGUGAACACUUUGCUAAUUGGUGUGCUACCGGGGAGUACUACAGUCACCAGAUUGGCUUACUGAAAGCAACACUCCAAAUGUUGCUCUUCUCAGACAAUGAGGGAUAUAAUAGAAUGUUAGAUAAUCUCGCAGAGAAUGGUAUAAUGUGCGAAGAAUGCUUCCAGGAAGCAAAAAGGGCACAGGAAGAAAGCAGAUUGAAUCAAGAGAAAGCAGAAAAGAAUUCCGUGACACAUAUGCUUCCUUGAAUGUUUUUACUGGGUUUUUUUUUAAUUCUAGCGGUAAUCAUUUUAGCGCCUCUCUUGUCUGCAAACUCAUGUAGACGCUAAUCAAGAUAUUUGAUUAAAAUUAAUACAUCAUAA